AUGCCUUCGACGACGGCCACAGAGGACAACGAAUCAAUACCUGAAGCCUUGGGAGAAACAUUCAAGAGACCACAAACUACAUCGUGGUAUGCAGAAAUAUUAAAAAUAGAUGGAGAAAACAUACGUUCUAGGAUUACCUACCGGAGUAGCUCCGACGGCUCUUCCUACCGUGGCGAUAGCACAAGAAAUCCAAAGAUGCCCAGAGUGAGAAGUGUUAGAGAUGUUGAUGUUGCGGUUGCCAAGAAUGAUGAAGAUGUUGAUGUUGUAGGAGUUGCGAUGAAGUUGCAGAAAUAA